AUGGCGCAAAUACGAGGCAAGUUGCGGAAGGCACUGGUGUCUCUGGCAGCCCUGUCUGUCUUUGUGCUCUGUGUUCUGGCCAUUCCUCGAUCCCAUUCCAUCUCGGGCGCCAACAGACUGCUUAACAAAAGAGACGUUCUCCCGGAAGAUGAAUGCUCCAACGUGCGACACAUUCCACGAGCUGACCAGUGCGAGUUCGUCAAGCUGCACUGCUCAGAAGACGAAAACACCUUCAUCGAUUACAUGCAGGUCUACUACUGCUCGCCUUAUGGACAACGACCCUUCCUGCUGAUCAUGCUGCUUCUGUGGCUGCUGACAUUGUUUAUGACACUCGGAAUCGCCGCCAGCGACUUUCUGUGUCCCAAUUUGGGCACCAUCUCCUCACUGCUGGGCAUGAGCGAGUCGUUGGCGGGAGUCACAUUCCUGGCCUUUGGAAACGGAUCCCCUGACUUAUUCUCUACCUACUCGUCCAUGAAGAUUGGAUCAGGUUCGCUUGCCAUCGGAGAACUCAUUGGUGCUGCCAGUUUCAUCAGCGCUGUUGUCGUGGGAGCCAUGGCACUUGCCCGGCCGUUCAAGGUCGCUCGAAAGUCGUUUGUUCGAGACAUUGGCUUCUUUACCGCCGCUGUGCUGUGCACUAUGGCGUUUAUUUCGGACGGAAAACUACGUCGGUCCGAAUGCAUUCUCAUGCUCAUCAUCUACAUGAUCUACGUCGCCACUGUUGUUUCCUGGCAUUAUCACUACACCAAGAAGCGCCAGGCAUACCUUUCUGAGAUCCGAGCGCGAGAGUUCUUUCUUGAUGCUGGACAAGAGGCUAAUGUGAUUGAAGAUGAAGAGGUUGGAGAAUCUUCAAACUCGGUUCUGCAAGACGGUUUCGAUAGAGAGGGAUUCUUGUCUCUGACAAACUCAGACGACGCUUCCAGAACCUCCAGAUCUCCCGUCAAGAGUCCCCAGACACCUACAGCAAAUAACCUAUCGCCCCACCCUAAUCCCCAUGCUCCUCAUGGACGUUCUUUGUCUCCCCACGGUCGUCUGCCUGAUCGUGGACGGUCCCCUCUGGCCGUGGAACGUCUUAGAACCGAGCACGCCCAGUCUAGAAGCUAUUCACCUUUGGAUAACAGAUCCAGCCCUAUUAUCACCCCUGUCCACUCUCAUCCUUCUUCCCACAGUCAUCGAAACGUGCCCCGUAUCGUUACUCAUAAUUUGGAUCUCGAUGAGGACGAGGAAGAAGACAGAUAUACGGGGCUAACGUCCUCUAUGCGUCUGCCUACUCCCCUGCACACAACCCAUCGAGUUCACGAUUCUGCGCCUAUCAGACCGUCUCUGUAUGGUGCCCUCGACUUUAGAGACCGAAUCAACAAUCUUAAUGACGGUGAGGAUCAUCAUGCUCACAACCAUUCAGAUUUGAUUCACUCACCUCUGACUCGUCGAUUAGACACUGAACUCUCACCCGUUCCCUCCUCCAUCGAACCCAUGUGGUCCAACGUCAAGGAGGUGACUGAGAGUGCUUGGGUCGUGGCUCUGUUCCCUACCCUGACUGAUUUCUGGUCCAAGUCGUUCAUGGGAAUGGUGUCCAGUGUCAUCACGGCUCUCCCUGUCUUCCUCCUAUCCAUCACUAUCCCCGUUGUGGAGUCUGUGGUUGAAGAGCCUCAGGUUCCCAAUGCUUCCGAGCCCGUGUCUGCUUAUUCUGAUGAUGCUUCGUUUGUGUCCAAUAACACUGCUACAACGAACCCUUUGUUGGCUGCUGAGAGCGAAAACAAGGUACUUUAUAAUAUGGCUCGACGAAACAAGAUUCUUGUGAUUGUGCAGGCCAUGCUGGCUCCUCCCGUCAUCAACAUUCUCAUGCUAGAUGAGGUCCCCGGAGUAUGGGGAACUAUUUUCUGCAUUAUCUGUUCCAUGACGCUAAUGUGGCUGGCAGCCACUAACUACGACAGAAUGGUGCAGUCUGGCCAGUACCGCUUCCUCGCGUUCUUCGGCUUCCUGACUUCCAUUGCGUGGGUGUCUCAUAUCGCGGAUGUUGUGGUUGGUGUUCUCAAGGCUUUGGGUGCCAUUCUGGGCAUUUCUGACCCCGUUCUGGGUCUCACUGUGUUUGCCUUUGGUAACUCACUGGGAGAUCUGAUUGCCAACACUACCAUUGCCAAGAUGGGAUUCCCAAUGAUGGCUCUCUCUGCUUGCUUCGGUGGCCCUCUUCUGAACGUUCUUGUGGGAGUCGGAGUGUCUGGUCUCAUUGUUACCAGCUCUCCUGGUAAUGCAGUCAAAAACGGCAGCUACCACAUUGAGAUCAGCGGGACUCUUAUUAUUUCUGCUGCCACGCUGUUUCUGACGCUGGUCAUCACCAUGGUGAUGGUUCCCUUGGCUCGAUGGCACAUGACCAAGACAAUUGGAGUGACCAUCAUCAGUAUCUGGACCAUUUCCACAAUUGUCAACGUCAUCUUCAUUUAA